GCUCGCCUGCAGCCAUGGGGAAGAUGCUGUCCAAGAUCUUCGGCAACAAAGAGAUGAGGAUCCUGAUGCUGGGCCUGGACGCGGCCGGCAAGACGACCAUCCUUUACAAGCUCAAGCUUGGCCAGCCGGUGACCACCAUUCCCACGGUGGGCUUCAACGUGGAGACGGUGACCUACAAGAACGUCAAGUUCAACGUCUGGGACGUGGGGGGCCAGGACAAGAUCCGGCCCCUCUGGAGACACUACUACACCGGCACCCAGGGGUUGAUCUUCGUGGUGGACUGCGCGGACCGCGACCGGAUCGACGAGGGCCGUCAGGAGCUCCACCGCAUCAUCAAUGACCGGGAAAUGCGGGACGCCAUCAUUCUCGUCUUCGCCAACAAGCAAGACCUCCCCGACGCCAUGAAGCCCCACGAGAUCCAAGAGAAACUGGGCCUCACUCGCAUUAGGGACAGGAAUUGGUACGUCCAGCCGUCGUGCGCCACGUCGGGGGAAGGACUCUACGAAGGCCUGAUGUGGCUCACGUCCAACUACAAAUCCUAAUCCUAGGGCUGUGUCACCUAGUGAUGUGCGCGCGCGCAGAGUCUCUUUAACCAAUGAAUCCUAGAACGUAUACAUAUAUAUAUUCUCUUCUGUCUCUUCCCUCACCCACCCACCCCAGCCUCCAAACGUUUUUUGGGGGGUGCAGCAGGUUUUGAAAUCUAAUAGGGUGCAUCGAAACGAAUUUUGGCUAGUUGCUUCUGCAGAUGUUGGAGCGGUACCGGCAAAAGAGCCGUCUGGGAGAAGCCUUCCUCCCAGUUACCAUCGGGAGCUUUUGUGUUUUCCACGGAUGGGAGAGAAAAUGGGGAAAGGGGGUUGGUUGGUCCCCACCCUUUACCAGGAAGCCACCUGUGAGUGUCAGCUUGGCUUUCCUCUGAACCCCCUCCGCCCCCACGGUUCUCCAACCUGCGGUGACCGAGUAGUGGCCUUUGCCUAAGAGAUGAGCUCUGUUGUAGAGCAGAGGUUCCCCAACACGGUGCCCCUGGGCGCAGUGGCGUUGACACCUUUCCAGUCGCACUCCAGCUGUUUCUGGAAAGUGGGUGGAGCUUUGGCCCCGUAAGGCUUCUGAUUGGCUGCUGGAGAUUUGACGGGCUAUGCGGAUUUGUAGAAAUGUGGCUUUGGUGACCACCGCAGCACGAGGGUCUUCGCUGUGUGACUGAAGGUCAGCCGCGGCGGUGGCCGUUUUGUGGCUGCGCCCUCCAUACUGGGGCAGACUACCAAAGGGGCCUGCGGGCUCAAAAAUCUGGGGACCCCAUUGCAAGGAAGCUGGGGAGGGGGGAUUGUAAGCAAUUUGGAUCGGCUCCUCCGCAAUAGCAGAGUUGGUUUUCUUUUUCUUUUCUUUUUUUUAAGGGUCGGGAAGAACUGUUGGGACCAUAUAAGGCUGAGAAUUUUUCUCCAUAUUAGAGCUCGUCCUCGGAUAUGGGUUCUGCUUGCUGGAUCCCACGGGGACCCGCUUGCAUCGUGAGGAAAGUUCCGCCAGCGGCGGAAUGGAUCCACGGGAUCCAAUCCCUUUUGCUUUCAGGAGGGGCCUGCCCCAUACCGUUCUCUGCCCUUUGUUGCACGCUGUGUGGUUGGGAGGCGCGAAGAGGGAUGUCCGCUGGCUGGAACAGCUUGCCUGCGUAGGCCGUGUCCCGGAAACGCUCUUUUGUUGGAACCACCUUCAUUUUUUUUUUAAUUUUAUUUUCUUGGGGCUACCGCAGUCUCCUCUUCUCUCUUGACCUGUUCAACCUGCCAAAGUUGCCUGCUUGCGGUGGGCAGAGCCGUGCACGCCCGACCGAACCAGUUCACCCGGUGUGGAAUGGGUGGGAUCGACAAAAGCCAUUAAUCAGAGCUGUGCUCUCUUACACCCUUCCCAAAUUCUUCCCCAACGUCUCCCUCUUGGGAGAGGACGGAUUCCCGUCUUGAAACGGGGAGGGCGGACGGGAGCCUCUUGAAGUGGGGCGGCUCUGGCUCAGCCCCCCUUUCAUUGAUUCCCCCCUGCCCCCAGCUUUUGAAGCGGUCUUCUUAGUUCCGUGUCCCUUGGCCGAAUACUUGUCUCUUCCAAGCAGGACUGAAUCGAUGCGGAUCUGUUUGGAUCCUUUCCUCUCCUUUGUAAAAUCUUUCCUCCCCGGCACAAAAAUCCCCCCCCCACUUCUGCCUUUACCUUUUGGGAUCCCGUCAAGGUGGGCACGCAUCACCAUGCCACCUGUGCCAGGGAAAGGACUAUUAGCCAGCAUUCUACCCUCCAUCUGCGCCAUCCGCUCUCUCGAGCGCCGGUUCAGUGGCUGGAGGCCAAUUCCCAACCCUGGGAAACGUACCUUCCUGGUGUGCGUUGAAGGAGAAACACGCUCUGCGGGUUCUCUGUUCCAAGUGGUGGGCGUGGAAUAUAGGUUUUCGAUCUUAUUGGCUACGUUGAUCCUGUUUCGCCCACAGUGGGAUAUAUGUCUUUUUGGCACGAGUGGAAUCUUGGUCACUGAUAAAAGCGGGUUUUUGCAGGCCAGGGUCUCUCCUUUCUCCUCUUUGCUAAAUGCCUGCUCCCCCCCCCUCCCCCGGAAUACUUUGAAGCAAAGUCUAGAGGGAAGCAGGGACCAAUUUUAGGUAAGGUUUUCUUAUCAUCCUAUAAUAUGCCAGUAAAGGCAAGUCAGUUCCUGACUUUCAAAUCAAACUGGAUGUAUUUGGGCUCCCUUCUGCACGGAGUGGCCUGCUCAGGGAUUCGUGGUUUCCCCCUUCAUCCGCUUUCCCUCUUCCCAUCGACCCCCCCAAAAGCUGUGUUCUAACUUUUUAGACUUCCCACUUCCCUUAUAAUGAAAGUCUGGCUGAACGGGAUUUGAGUUCUCACCAUAUCCAUUCAUUGUCUUUUGCCAAUAAGGACUUGUGCACGUUGGAGUAAGGCAGGUUCUCUCCCUCCCCUGGACACCCCAAUGAAAAGACAACCAUUUCUCUCGAACAAGCACGUGAAACGCUCUUGUGUCCGAUUUCCUUGGUCGGUCGCUUUAGCUUAUCGAGAUGUGAAGGCAGCAGAGCUCUCAGGUGUGCCCACUUCGGAUUUAUUUUUUUUAAAAUGUGCGUCUUUUGGAAAUCCCCAAAGAAAAUUGGGCGGGGGGGGGGAUUCGUUCUGAAGCAUUGCAGGCAGAGAGAGAGAAGAAUCUAAGAAACGACAGUGACUCACGCCAGUCGCUGCCAGUGUCCCCUCUAAGCUGUGGAGUCUUGUGAGCAAAAAUUCUA